AGAGAAAUAAUCAUAAUUUUUUUUUAUUGUGUGUAUAAGUAGACCCCAUGUUUUUAAUUUGAUAAUGUUUACUUUCUUGUGGUUAAGCAAUUAGGCUAACUCUAUAUUGUAAGUAUUAGGCAAAAAAGAUAGAUUUUCAAAAUCUUCGUAUAUGUACUUGCUGAAUUUCUAUCUCAUUAUUUUUUGUUAUAUUUCCAGUCAAAUUUACUAGGUUUUUACUAGAUUCAAAUGUUGUGAUGGACCGAGAUGCGGCAGCAAUAGAAGCUGCCUUGGAAAAAGUGGGCUCCAAAAGCAGUUGCUGGCUGUGGGGUGUAUUUAUCUUGACCAGUAUGCCUGGUGCUUUCAAUUCAAUGAAUAUGAUGACCUAUGUGUUCUUCACCCAUGUCCCCCCUUACUGGUGUAAGGUUGAUGAGUUGACCUCUGCCGGAUGGACUCAUGCACAGAUCAGGAAUGUCUCAUCACCAGACGCUUCAGAUAAUAGCUGCUUUAGAUAUGAUUGGGAUUAUGCGCAGUUGGCUGGUUUGGGCUACAAUGGGUCAUUGGACUUCAUAAGUAAAGCGGAGCAAAAACCAAAGUUGAUAGAAUGCCAGACAUUCGAAUAUGAAGAAAGUACACCAAAAUCAACUAUUGUCAGUGAGUGGAAUUUGGUUUGCCACAGAGAUCAUCUUAGGUCUUUUACUCAAGUCACAAUUGCGUUUGGAAAGUUCUUUGGUGGUUUCGUAUUUGGAGCUAUUUCUGAUAAAUAUGGAAGGAAAACAAGUUUUAUACUUGCAACAGUGCUGUACAUCGUAGCAGGGCCUUUAGCAGCUCUAGUACCCAGUUUCACGGUAUUCAAUAUAACCAGAUUUAUAGUCGGAAUGGCCGGAUCUGGUGUCUAUGAAACAACCUUCACCAUCCUAACUGAAAUAGCGGUUCGGGUGUACAGAACACUAUUUGGUUGCGUAUUCAACAUAUCCUACCCAGUGGGUUACAUUCUGCUCCCUGUAUUGGCUUAUGUAUCCCAUGAUUGGAGGCAAUUGCAACUUUAUGUAUCUCUAUCGAUUCUGGUACUCGUUAUGCAUUUUUGUCUUCUCCCUGAAUCUCCACGUUGGUUAUUAUCCAAAGGCAAAAACGCUGCUGCAUGGAAAGUUCUAGAAAAAUCUGGUGGAGUCGACAGAGAUGCCAGAAAUAGACAAGAAAAUAGACCCGCACCUGCUCCGCCGAAUCAGGGGCAGGCUGCGAGAAAAUCUUGUUGCAAAAGGCUACUUCAUUCGCUAGAAGAAAUAUUGUCAUUGUUUGGUUCAGUGGAGAUAUGUAAACGGAUAUUCAUCUGUUAUUUUGCCUGGUUUGCAGCUUCAAUAACAUAUUAUGCAAUUGCAUUGAACGCGGAUAAUUUCACAGCAAACAUAUACAUAUACUGUGCUUUGAACGGGGCUGUAGAAGCACCUGGAUACGUUCUUUCCUUUCUUUGCUUGAUGACUUUUGGAAGAAAGCCAGUCAGCAGUUUGCUGUUUUUCAUUACUGGUUUAUCAUUGCUCCUCAUUCUAAUUGUACCUCGAGAUUUUCCGAUAGCGAUUCUCAUUAUGGCAUUGACUGGGAGGUUCUGUAUAUCGGCUGUGUUUGCAGUAAUCAUUCUACAAACUUCGGAGCUUUUUCCUACCGUCAACAGGAAUUCAGCCAUCGGUACCAGCUUGACUGUGGCUCAAUUGGGAGCUGUAGCUGCCCCAUAUGUUGUCAACUUUAUGGGAGGAAAGAAGUACUGGUUCCUACCAAGCACAUUUUGUGGUAUCCUGUCCAUUUUGACCGCUAUACUCAUCGCUUCUCUACCAGAAACAAAAGAUAAGCCAAUGGCUAAUACAGUCGAAGACAUAAAAAACCAACCAGAUAAAGUUUCGUUUUUGUCGUUUUUCAAAUUUGUAUGUUUCUGUUGGUGACAAAAUAGAGCUUAAUGGUCUAUGCACCAUGUAUAACGAGAUAAAAUUCAACAUACAUUCAACAAUAUUCAAUAAUUUAUUUGUAUUUUUCAUUCAAGCAACUACUUGAAAAAUAGGAAUCAAAUAAUUCAUAUAAUUAUGUAGAAUUAUUUGAUAUGUAGGAGUAUUAUUAAAACCUGAUAAAUCAAUAGGCUUGUAAUCAAAAGGUUACAAUAUUGAUUGGUUUCAAUUUUAAUAGGCUUCCAUUUAGUUUCCAAGUUUUAGGCUUUAAUUUUGAUAUUUUUUCUAAAUU